GCCGCCUGAAUCCCCUUCUUUUUGCUCCCCGACACCACUUUUUUUCGACAACCACACCCUCCGUUUCGCAGGAAGUUCGUUUUCAGCAGUCAAAAUGGCCCGUCGUCCCGCGAGAUGUUACCGCUACUGCAAGAACAAGCCUUACCCUAAGUCCCGGUUCAACCGUGGUGUUCCCGACCCCAAGAUCCGUAUCUUCGACUUGGGUCGUAAGAAGGCUUCCGUGGACGACUUCCCUCUGUGCGUCCACAUGGUCUCCAACGAAUACGAACAGCUUUCCUCUGAAGCUCUCGAAGCUGCCCGUAUCUGUGCCAACAAGUACCUUGUCAAGAUCGCCGGUAAGGAAGGUUUCCACCUCCGUGUCCGCGCCCACCCCUUCCACGUCGUCCGUAUCAACAAGAUGUUGUCGUGCGCUGGUGCCGAUCGUCUCCAGACUGGUAUGCGUGGUGCCUUCGGUAAGCCCAACGGUGUUGUCGCCCGUGUGAACAUCGGCCAGAUUCUCCUGUCCAUCCGCACCCGUGACUCCAACCGCGCCGCCGCCAUCGAGGCCAUGCGUCGCUCCACCUACAAGUUCCCUGGUCGCCAAAAGAUCAUUAUCUCCAAGAACUGGGGCUUCACCCCCGUCCGCCGUGAGGAGUACGUCAAGCUCCGCCAGGAGGGCAAGCUCAAGCAGGACGGUGCCUACGUCCAGUUCCUGCGUGGUCACGGUUUGAUCGAGGAGAACAUGAAGCGCUUCCCCCAGGCCUACGAGGGCGUUGCUCAGUAGAUUGGGAUGAUUUAGGUGUUUUAUGUGCUGUUCGUAUUUAUCGUUUUUACUAGGGCCAAAUGAGAACAAAAAAAGGCUAAAAAUGUUCCUGUUUGCUGUACUCCAUUUACUGGACCUAAUUAACUUCGAUACCCUCACCAUAGUAAGAGUGCCUGUACGGAAUACUUAACUGGAAUUUGUAGGCCAUCCCAAUGACACAAAAGUUCAUCUAUG